UGUACAGUUCGUAGGUAUCAAUAGGUUUAUACAAUACAGUCCAAAAACGAUCUUUACAGAAGUAACGUGUUUAGAAUUUUCACCGGCAAAUAAAAGAUUAUAAGUACGUAUUUGUUACAAAAUUUCGCUGUUUUACGUGAUGCUGAAAAUUUUAUUGCCCUAACAAGAAUGAAUUGCUUAUGUUGAGAACUUUUGACAAAUUUUUUAUAAAUAAGUACAUAAAAUCAUGCGCGUAAGUUAAGGUGUUUAUAAAUACUUAAUAAUCACUUCGGUUGAUAACUUGUAUAUAUCUAAUUGCAUUUAAUUGUUUAAAAAAUAUGUGAAUGUGUUAAAGAAAAGAGAAGUAGGUAAUUGUAAUUAGAUGAUGUUUUUAAGUUUUUAUUAUCCGUCCAUUAGUGGUAUAUUUCGUCACCCUUAUGGCUAAUAGAAAUCCCCCUACAUCAGACAGAAAAGUUAAUUUCGAAACUCCAACAAUUUCAAGAUUAACUUCAGGAAAAUCGGCUAUCAAUAGAAGGAAGUACAGUUUUCCUGCAGCUUUACAUGCUAAUUUGCUUGGUCUUUCUCAAGGUGGAAACAAUGAACCACUUAGGGAAGUUAAUCAAAUAGCUAAGAGAAGAUUUAGUAAUGUUGGGGAUGUUGUAUCUAGAAAAUUAUCAAACACAAUCGGUUGGCGAUCUUCUGCUGUUAGUCUCGAUGAAGUAAUUACUCAAGGAAAGGUAUUAUGCGCUAUUUAUAUGAGAAAUAGAUUAAAAAGGACCGGGAUAUUUAAUAAGAAACUAGGACUAUACAGAGUGAGAAGUAUGAUUGGUACAACGAGUGGAACAACUAUCAGAGAAGUGUACCCUUGUUUAAUUGCUGCAGGAAUGGAAUUAGAAAGAAUUCAUUCUAAAUUAUACACUGAUAUAGCUCGUCAAGCUAGUUCAACACCCGGUGGAGUUUUGGUAACUGAGAAAACAGCAGCUGGACUUCUUGUUGCUAUAAGUCACGAAUUGUUCAAAAGUGAAAUAAAUUGGGCCAAAAUAGUUUCAAUAUAUGCUGUAUCCGGAGGCCUAGCUGUUGAUUCAGUUUGUCAAGGACAUCCUGAAUAUUUGCAUGCUUUAAUGGAAGCAAUGUCUGAAAUUUUAGAGGGUGGCUUAGCAGACUGGAUCGCAGCCAAUGGAGGAUGGGUAACUUUCUGCAGUUUUUGCAAAACUCCU